GACUGAGCAGAGAGGGGACAGAGUGCUCGUUUCUGCCAUGGACGUGUACCAGGAGGCCCUGCUUUACCUGGAGGAACGAAACAUUCCAGUGGAAACAGAAAGCGAUGUCCUGGAGGAGGAUGUUUUCCAUGAAGAAUCGGUGUCCUGCUUACUCUCUUCUCUUAAUCCUGAGAGUAUCGAGCUGCCGGACACACCUAAUUCAUUCAGCCUGGAGGAAAUGCUGGAGAGAAGACUUGUGGUUCUGAGGAGCAUCCUAGAGAGUGAAGAGGUUUAUCUCAGGGAGCUGGACAUUCUGCUGACGCCGGUGAAGGCUCUGCGGGCCUCGGCCGGGACCUCCCAGCCCGUCCUGUCCAGUCAGCAGCUCCAGACGGUUUUCUACCAGGUGCCUGAACUCAAAGACUUGCACCAGAGCUUCUACUCAGGCCUGAAGGCCCGUCUGAACGCUCACAGUCCGCCCGAAGCCGCCCCAGAUGACGAAGUAGAGAUGAAAUUCAGAGACUCUGAGCUGAUAGUUGGAGACCUGUUUCUGAAAAUGGUGAGCCAGAUCGGCCUGUACGGCGGCUUCAUUGAAAACUACGAGAAAGCUGUGGAAGUUGUCAGGCAAUGUACACACUCGGACCAACGCUUCCGAACUCUGGCAGAGAGUAUGAUGUCCAACAAUGGCACAGACAAAGCUCGGACGAUAUACACAUUAGAAGCUCUACUGUACAAACCUCUGGACAGAGUGACUAAGACCACAUUAGUGCUGCUCGACCUGCUGAAGACAACCCCGUCGGAGCACGGGGAUUACGCGGCCCUGCAGGAAGCCCUGAGGCUGUCUCGCAGCUUCCUGUCUGGUGUCAACGAGAGUUCACAGAGCAAGCGGGACGUCACGCUCAGCCGCGGCCCGAGGCGGCAGCUGAUGCGGGACGGCUUCGUGGUGGACGCCAGCGAGGGGACGCGCAGCCUGCGCCACCUCUUCCUCUACACAGACCUCCUGCUGUGCACCAGGCUCAAACACGCAGUCAGAGGGAAGCAGGACCAGUACAGGUUUUGCUGGUACCUCCCUCUUGCUGGACUCAGACUCCGCUGGUCUGCAGGUCAGGAACAAAUAUCUGACACAAACAUCCGUUUACACACGAUACGAAGCAAGAUUUACCUCCUAAGACAGCAGCUGCUGCAGCAUUCGGGAGGGUCAAAGUUCCUGACCUUAGCAGCUCGAAGCAAGAAGAAGCUGGAACAGAUGGAGCUGAUGCUGCUCACACACUCUCCGCACCACAGACUGGAGCUGCACAGCCCCAGUGGGAAGAGCCACACACUCCUCUUCUCCUCCCUGUAUGAACUAGAAGAAUGGAGAGAAGCCAUUCACAAACUGACCGCAGACAACGUGGAGACGGUUCCUCCUGACCUGCUGACGCUCACCGGUGCCUGUGUGAAACUGAGGAUGACUCGGCAGCCGACGCUCCACAGCGCCGAUGCUGGAGAGGAUGAGGAGUCUCUGUGUGGGACCUUAGACGUUGUGAUCCACUCAGCUUUUGGUCUUCAGGAACCAACUUGUGUGUAUGUGUGUGUGGAGGUAGACGGCUAUGAGUUUUAUAAUAAUCAAGCCCAGACGCAUUCAUCCAUCCAAAGCCUCAACCCGCAGUGGGACCAGGAGCUGUCGUUCCAGGUGGACGGAGCCCAGAGCCUGAAGCUGCUGUGUGUGAGUCAGUCAGACGGGCAGGACGACGCCGUGCUGGGAAAAACCACCGUGAAGCUGGAUCCCGCCGCCCUGAGCAGGCGCUGGAGGAGACAGACGCUGCCGCUGCAGCAGGUGGAGGUGAUGCUCUCCCUCCGCUUCUCUCCCCACCCACUCCGGCCGCCCGGCUCCGCCCUGCAGCAGCCGCCCGUCUUCGGCGCCGCCCUCGAGGCCGUGGCCCGGAGGGAGUGCUGGUCCCUCACGUGGUGCGCUGCUGCGUGGAGGAGGUGGAGCGGCGGGGGAUGGAGGAGGUGGGGAUCUACCGGGUGUCGGGGACCGCCAGCGACAUCGGCGCACUCAAGGCCGCGUUCAACAGCAGUGAGAAACCUGAGAGACUGGAGCACGCCGUCAUGCGGCGGGCCAGAUCUUCGCCAUUUCUGUCUCUCCUCUCCAGACCUGCGGGAGGCCGUGAGCCAGCUGAGGGGGGCAGAGGUCAACGCCGUCUCCGGCGUCCUCAAACUCUACUUCCGGGAGCUUCCGGAGCCGCUCAUCCCCACCGAGCUGUUUCACCCUCUGACUGAAGCCGUGGAGAUCCAGGACCUGGACUCCCGCCUGGCCUCCAUGCUGUCCCUGCUGCAGUCUUGUCCCGAUGCCAACCGCCACAGCUUCCUCUACCUGCUGCAGCACCUCCGACGAGUCUCUGAGCGGCAGCAUGUCAACAAGAUGUCUCUGCUUAAUCUAGCCACGGUGUUCGGCCCCAGUCUGCUGCGCCCCCCGGUGGCCGGGCCGGGGCACGGCGGCCCCACCGUGGACAUCUCUCAGGAGGUGGUCGUCCAGGUCCAGGUGGUUUUCUCCUACCUGCAGUGCGACGGCCUCCCCGAGGCGCGGAUCUCCGCGCUGCACGACUCGGACUCCGAGGACGAGACCACCCACAUGUGAGAGCGGACCGCCAUGUGUGAAACUCAGACGGCGUGAGCAGAAACGUGUGAACCGGACAGCGACGUUAUUUAAUGAUUAUCAAUUCUUCACUGCACUUCACUGCAAUUGCAACAAUUUUUUUGGAAUAUUCAUUUUUUAUUUAAAAAGUGAAUGUCUUGUGAACAAUUCAAAGUUCUUACUUUAUAAUUCACAAUAGAAAAAAGCUAAAAAAUGGACCUCAGACUGAUAUGAGGACUUCCUGACAAGUACUAUUUAAAUACUGUAAUUUAUGGAAAUAA